AUGGCUGCCAACAACAUGGUCAAUCCUGCCGUGGACCCCAACAUUGAGGACGAGCUCUUCGCGAAGGAGGUGGCCGAGGUCAAGAAGUGGUGGAGCGAGCCAAGAUGGCGGUACACCAAGCGCCCUUUUACCGCUGAGCAGAUCGUCAACAAGAGAGGCAACCUCAAGAUCGAGUAUGCCAGCAAUGCCCAGGCCAAGAAGCUGUGGAAGAUUCUUGAGGGGCGGUUCCAGAACAAGGAUGCCAGUUACACAUACGGCUGCUUGGAGCCAACAAUGGUGACCCAAAUGGCCAAGUACCUCGACACAGUCUACGUUUCCGGCUGGCAAUCAUCAUCAACGGCCUCUGCCUCUGACGAGCCCGGCCCGGAUCUUGCUGAUUACCCUUAUACUACCGUCCCCAACAAGGUCGGCCAUCUCUUCAUGGCCCAGCUUUUCCACGACCGCAAGCAGCGUCAGGAGCGUCUCUCAGUUCCCAAGGCGCAGCGCGCCAAGCUCGCCAACAUCGACUACCUCCGUCCCAUCAUCGCCGAUGCCGAUACCGGUCACGGUGGUCUUACCGCCGUCAUGAAGCUCACCAAGCUCUUCAUUGAGAAGGGUGCUGCCGGUAUUCACAUCGAGGAUCAGGCCCCUGGCACCAAGAAGUGUGGCCACAUGGCCGGCAAGGUUCUGGUCCCCAUCUCCGAGCACAUCAACCGUCUGAUUGCCAUCCGUGCCCAGGCCGACAUCAUGGGCUCUGACCUCCUGGCCAUUGCCCGUACUGAUGCUGAGGCUGCCACCCUCAUCACCACCACCAUCGAUCCCCGCGACCACGCCUUCAUCCUCGGCACCAACAACGCCGACCUCCCCGACCUCAACGAGCUCAUGAUUGCUGGUGAGAAGGCCGGCAAGAACGGCGCCGAGCUCCAGGCCAUCGAGGACCAGUGGCUCGCCAAGGCCAACCUCAAGCGCUUCGACGACCACGUCGUGGACGCCAUCCUCUCCUCCAACCUCCCCAACCAGAAGGCCCUCGCCCAAAAGUACCGCGACAGCGUCAACGGCAAGCAGCUCUCCAACAAAGAGGCCCGCGCCGUCGCCCGCGGCAUCCUCGGCAAGGACAUUUACUUCAACUGGGACGCCCCCCGCACCCGCGAGGGCUACUACCGUCUCGAGGGCGGCUGCGACUGCUCCAUCAACCGCGCCAUCGCCUAUGCCCCUUACUGCGACGCCAUCUGGAUGGAGUCCAAGCUCCCCGACUACAAGCAGGCCGAGGAGUUCGCCAAGGGCGUCCACGCCGUCUGGCCCGAGCAGAAGCUCGCCUACAACCUAUCUCCCUCUUUCAACUGGAAGACCGCCAUGCCCAGAGAGGAGCAGGAGACCUACAUCAGACGCCUGGCUGGCCUGGGUUACUGCUGGCAGUUCAUUACCCUCGCUGGUCUUCACACCACCGCCCUUAUCAGCGACAAGUUUGCCAGCGCGUACAGCAAGAUUGGCAUGAGGGCGUAUGGCGAGCUGGUGCAGGAGCCUGAGAUGGAGGGCGGUGUGGAUGUGGUCAAGCAUCAGAAGUGGUCGGGUGCCACGUACGUGGACGAGCUGCAGAAGAUGGUGACUGGUGGUAUUAGCAGUACGGCUGCUAUGGGUAAGGGUGUGACGGAGGAUCAGUUCCAUUAAAGGGGCGCAUGAAAAGGGGUUUUCUUGUCUUUCUGAUUUUGUGAUAAAGCUUUUUGCGUGGUUCAUUAUUUUUUUGGAUAAUUAGAUAACUCUGAGAGUAUUCGGAGAAAGAAUGGAUUGGAUGAUGAAGAUGAUCUUGCUGUUCGAAUGCUGUGCUGGCGGUGAUGUUUGCAGGUUGUCGCUAACCGCUGCUUGUAAACGGGUUUUGAAACAUGUGGUUGUGCGAUGUCUUUCUCUUGCCGGUCUGCUUUCCUCCUUGCUUUGAGUUGACUGGCUGGUUCUGUUCGACUGCAUUCCCAAAUCUAUUUGUUUACCCUAUCCGUCUGAGGCAUAUGUGUUGUGAUUUGGUGACUUUCCGGGGAAUCAAGGCCAUCUUAGCUUACCUUACCUCGUCCACCUCACACCAACCAGUUCUUGCACGCCUCCCACCUACUUACCCAACAACCACCUUCCUACCUACCUUUUCUCUCUCCCUUGCCUGAGAGAACCUCGCACCACGAGAACAUACAGACACCGCUGACACCAACUUCGCGUGUCCCCCAACGGGCUGCUGCCCUGCCACGGCAAGUUUAGUGCUCGAUACGCAUUGGGGCUUCCUGGCCGAGGCUUUCGACAAGCCGGCCAUGCCAUCCAUCCGGACUGAUGGCGUACACGGGAUCCCGGUUACCAUUCCAUACGCCAUCACUG